UCUAACUUAAGCUGCUUGCUAUGGACUGAAUGCUUGUGUCUCCCUAAAAUUCACAGGUUGGAAUUUUUAAACCCAAUGUGAGAUGGUGUAAGAAAGUGGGACAUUUAAGAGAUAAUUAGGUCAUGAGGGUGAUGGCCUCAUGAAGGGGAUUAAUAGUCUUAGAGAUCACAUGAGCUCUCUACCCUUGUGGCCACAUGAGAAUAUAAGAGGUUGAAACCUGGAAGAGGACUCUGGCUCAGCAGCGCUGGCACCCUAAUCUCAGACUUCCUGCCUCCAGAACUAAUCAUCAAUAUCAAGGGAGAAAAUGAUGUUAAAGGCGAAAAAAAAGACAUUACUUUUAAAAUACUUUCUUAAUCUGAUGAAUGGAGCUUUCUUGGCUCUUGGACUUUUACUCAUGGGAUUUGGCACAUGGCUUUUACUAGAUAGAGACAAUUUCCUCACAGCUUUAGAUGAAAAUAAUCACGUGAUAAUACAUAUCUUCCGAAUUUUGAUUGGAACUGGAUCUGCAAUUGUCCUUCUUUGUCUCUUGGGUUGGGGAAUUCACAAUGAAAUCAGAUGUCUCCUUAUUCUGUAUGCAGUUCUGUUAUUGUGGGCCAUUGGUGUUCAGGUUGUACUUUCAGCAUUCAUCUUUGCAAAGAAAGAAGAGGUUCAGAAAGUAUGGCAUGACAAAGUCAACUUAGUCAUUUCUGAGUAUGGAUCUAACAACACGAGUGGAGACAUAUCCAAGUGGAUUAUUCUGAAUGCUUUACAGAAAACUUUACAGUGCUGUGGCCAACACAAUUUCACAGAUUGGAUAAAGAAUCAGAAUAAAGAAAAUUCGGAACAGGUGCCAUGUUCUUGUACAAAUUCCACAUUGAAACAGUGGUUUUGUGAUGUACCUCUGAAUGCAACUUACCUGGAGGGAUGUGAAAAUAAGAUCAACACGUGGUAUCUUGCGAAUGCAUUAACAUUAAUUGGAAUUAAUUUUGGACUGUUGGCUUCAGAGGUUUUGCAAGUUUCAUUAACUAUUUCUUUCUUCAGACACAUCAAGAAUAGAAUACAUGUAGAAAAGUGAUCUUGAAUUCUGUCAGAAGAAACUACUUUCAUCUCAAAAUAAUCACAUUGUAUUAUUUUAUUCCAAAAAGUCUUGCAAUUAAUUAUAUUAAUUAAGUUUAGGACUUACUCAAUUUGGAUUAUAUAUAACAUAGAAUUAUUGAAUACUAUAAUAAAUCACUCCAUGAAAAUUUUAUUAAUUUGGUUUUCUCAAAAUAUCAUAUUUUGCAGUUCAGAACUUCACCUUGAUUAAUAUCUACAGUCAAAGGAAAUGAUCUGUAUAGACUUGUAUUCAAAAUAUGGUGAAGUAUCAUAUGUUUUGAGUCUUAUGUAAAAAAAUGCAUCUAUAUGAUCAGAAAGUAAGCAAUUAGAACAUAUGUUUGCAUAUCUUAAGAAAACAUCACUGAUUUAUAGGAUUGAAAAUAAAGAUUGAAAAUAUGACACUGACUACUGAAUUCAUAUAGUGUAUCUC